UAUAUAGAUAAUAGCUAUAGUGACAUCCGUGGUGUUAUACUGUAUUUAUUUAGUUAUUCUGCCAAAGUUUGGGAGACGUUUGAUUCUGUAAAGUGAAAUUAUACACAUAUUCUGUGUGUAACAUUAUACAUAUAAUACAUGGCUUUGGAAAAUUUAAUAUCCGUACAUCCAUUAACCAAUGAUCCAACGGCGGCUUGGCAGGAGAUCUCCAAAACUCAACGAGUAAUAAAAGUGUCCAUAAGUAGGGCGGUUAAACAGAAAGAUCAUAAUAAAAUUCGUGUUGUUUGUAUGAGUGAUACACAUUCGUUAACACCUUACUUAAAGUUUGAUAUACCGGAUGGUGACAUUUUUAUCCAUGCAGGCGAUUUUACAAAAUGUGGUAAAUUUGAGGAGGUAGUUGAUUUUGAUAAAUGGAUUGCUACGCUUCCUCAUAAGCAUAAAAUAGUCAUUGCGGGAAAUCACGAGCUAAGUUUUGAUACCACAUUUACAGAAGGUUCAUUGAAUAAAUGUGCUGUUAGUCGCACGAAACACACUGGCCGCUUCAGCCUCGACAGUAUGCCAACGUUGGGAAAUCCUCUAGAAGACAUUGAAAGUGCUAUUCAAACACAAAAUAUUCGUGAUGUUUUAGUCAAUUGUACUUAUAUAGAAGACCAAUUAAUUGAUGUGAUGGGUAUACGUAUAUAUGGUACUCCCUGGCAACCAGAAUUUUGUAAAUGGGCCUUUAAUUUACCGCGAGGGGAAGCAUGUUUAAAUGCUUGGAACCGAAUACCAAAUAACGUUGAUAUAUUGGUAACACAUACACCCCCCAUAGGUCAUGGAGAUUUAUGCUGUUCUGGAGUUCGUGCUGGUUGUGUAGAUUUGCUUACAACAUUACAGAAACGAGUUAAACCCAAAUAUCAUGUAUUUGGACAUAUCCAUGAGGGUUAUGGUAUUACAUCCGAUGGAAAUAUUAUAUAUGUGAAUGCUUCAACUUGCGAUAUAAAUUAUAUACCUAAUAAUCCACCAAUUGUAUUUGAUAUAUCUUUGCCAACCAACAAAUAUUAAUGAUAUCAUCAAUUGGAAUAGGUUAUUUAAGUUUCUAGUCAUAGACAUAAUGUUGGACGUUAAACAAGAACCUAAUAAUCGAUUUGAAGACGUAUGUAUGUAUGACUAUAAUUGUUUUUAAUAUAGUUUAAACGUCGUACUAAUUAUUAUUAUUUUUUAUUUAAUAUAGUUUAGAAAUUAUUAGUUUUAUCAAAUUAUUGCAGCAAUAUUAACUCUAAAUGUGAAUUUUUGUUUACAUAUUAUAUAAUUUUUCAAAAUAUAAAAAUUUCUACAAGUUAAAAUAUAUAAUAAAAUUUAUGUUAUUAGAACAUGAUUUAAAAUUUAUAUAUUUUUUUAAUUUCAAUGACAGAGAAAAAGUUCAGAACAAUAACCAAUUCAAAUAUGAAAAAGAGUUGAUUUAUGUGGGUUAUUCGCCCAUGGUAUGGUAAAGUAUAUUUAUGUAUAGGGUUGCAUAUACUCGUGCUAUAAGGGUGUAAUUAUAAACAAUUGAAAGUUGAUUCAUACAAUAAAAAUGUAUAGGUUUUCAGCCCUAUUCUGUGCACUUGACAAAAUAACAAAAAAGUUUAAAAUUUUUUCAGAUUUUUAUAAGGUAAGAACUUUUUUGGUAUUCUGUGACAAUUUUGAUAAAAUAAAAAGCUUCAGUACGCAUAGCUUUUCCCCACACGUGUGGGAAACAAAAUAAUGUAAACAGAAACAGCUGAUUCUGUCCAAUUAUAUUCGAAUUGAAUUGAAAAAUUGAUUUGAAUUAUUUUUUAACGUAAGUUUUCAAAUACAUUUCAAUAUUUGUUGCAAAAUAGUUAAUAAUUUAACUUCAAUUUCACAAUAAAUCCAUUGCUUUUGGUCUAGACUUUUCUUAGGGUGCGCAAUUAUUCCAUGCUCCGAAGCUGCCUUAAUUUUUUACCCAAAAGGCCGUUAUUUGGAUGAUUGUUUGUUUUAACCGAGCCUUCUUCAGUGUGGCUUCGUUGACAAAUUUGGUUUAUGAUUGACCAAAGAGUUAUCAGCCUAUCUAUCCGAUUCUGAUAUCGAGAUAUCGACUGAAGCCUUUCAGACCUGAUGCAAAGUAUUUGGUUUAGUUUCACAACUCCAUUUAAUUUAUAUGGAUGACAGGGUUAUACCUAACCAAACUGGGAGUGCCGCGCGUAAAUAAAGUUGAUUGAUAAUCAAAUGACAGAGCCUAUAUAUUCACUUUUCCAUCCCAGAUCCUCCAUAGUCUUUUGCUCCCCCGCAAUCCCGUAGAAUACUUCAUAAUAUAAUACAUAUAUAUAUGUCCUUUAUAAUAUAUUUAAAACUGUUUGGAAUGCAAUUUUGAUUUAGUUGGUUGUUAUGUUUAGCUUCAGAAAAGUUCUUUGGGGACUACGAAAUCUAAACUGUGUUCUUUGUUGGCAAAAAUUUGCAAAGCUGUAAUCGCAUGCAAUAUAUAAAAAACAAUUUCGUCAAUGUUACCCUCA